GCAAUAGUCGCUGACUAAGGCGACGUCUAUGUUUUUCAAUAUGGCCGGUUACGACGCACAUGGUCACGUGUAAAUUAAGCAAUUAUAAAGCUAGUGACCGAUAUAUAUUAGCUAGAACUUCAAUUAUUUUAAAAUAAAUUCUUUAAAUUAUUUUAAAUCGAAAAAAACCGAUUAUUAAAAUAAAAAUAUGCCUUCUGAUGCUAAAAAACGUCGGGCAGCCAAAAAGAAAGAUGCUGCCAAAUUAAAGGACACUCCUGGUAGGAAAAUUGAAGAGAACGGCAGCAGUAAAACUAACGGAACUCAAAAUGGAGCUUCUGUGAAUGGAGCGGCCAUAGACAGUGUUACAGAGGAAAUGGAUAAUUUGGAUAUAGCAGCAAAAUUUAGGUCUGUUACGGGCGUUUUAGCCUCUCAUCCCGAAGGAAGAGAUGUACAUAUUCAUAGUUUAUCAAUUACUUUUCACGGAGCCGAGCUCUUAAGUGACACGAAAUUGGAAUUGAACAACGGAAGAAGAUAUGGUUUGAUUGGACUUAAUGGCUGUGGUAAAUCGUCAUUACUGUCUGCUUUAGGACAGAGGGAGGUACCAAUUCCCAAUCACAUAGAUAUUUAUCACCUAAGACGGGAAAUGGCUCCUUCGAGUAAAACUGCAUUGGAAACUGUCAUGGAGGUGGAUGAAGAACGAAUUCGUUUAGAAAAGGAAGCGGAAGAAUUAGCUACUUUGAAUUCUGAAGAGGCAACUGAGCGUUUAACUGAUGUUUACGAACGUUUAGAUGAUCUAGAUGCAGAUAAAGCUCUGCAGAAGGCUGGUAGAAUUUUACAUGGAUUAGGAUUUUCAAAACAAAUGCAGGACACUAAGGUUGAAGAUUUUUCUGGUGGUUGGAGAAUGAGAAUAUCGCUUGCCAGAGCUUUGUUUAUAUCCCCUAGUUUAUUAUUGUUGGAUGAGCCUACUAAUCAUUUGGAUUUAGAGGCUUGCGUCUGGCUGGAAAAAGAAUUGAGAGAAUUCAAAAGAAUUUUGGUUAUAAUUUCUCAUUCUCAAGAUUUCUUGAAUGGAGUAUGUACAAAUAUUAUUCAUAUGAAUCAAAGAAAAUUGAAAUACUAUGGUGGAAAUUAUGACCAGUACAUUCAAACGAGAUUAGAAUUGGAAGAAAAUCAGAUGAAACGAUACAAAUGGGAGCAGGGACAGAUAGCACAUAUGAAGAACUACAUUGCAAGAUUUGGGCACGGAAGUGCAAAAUUAGCCAGACAAGCACAAAGUAAAGAAAAAACAUUGAAAAAGAUGGUAGAUAGUGGUUUAACUGAAAGAGUGGCUCUAGAUAAAACAAUCUCCUUCUAUUUUCCUGAUUGUGGUACAAUUCCACCUCCAGUUAUUAUGGUUCAGAAUGUUUCAUUUAGAUAUAAUGAUGAAAAACCUUAUAUCUAUAAGAAUUUGGAAUUUGGUGUUGAUUUGGAUACCAGAUUAGCUUUGGUUGGUCCCAAUGGAGCUGGAAAGUCUACUCUUCUAAAGUUAAUUGUGGGUGAGUUAAUUCCAACUGAUGGACUUAUCAGACGACAUUCACAUUUGAAGAUUGGAAGGUAUCACCAGCAUUUGGCUGAAAUGUUGGAUCUAGAAAUGUCGGCUCUGGACUGGAUGAUGAAGUGCUAUCCAGACAUUAAAGAAAAAGAAGAAAUGAGAAAAAUUAUUGGACGAUACGGUUUAUCCGGUCAACAACAAAUAUGCUGCAUGAAAAACUUGUCCGAUGGUCAAAGAUGCCGAGUAAUUUUCAGCUGGCUUUCCUGGAAAGCUCCACACCUGUUGUUACUUGACGAACCUACGAAUCAUUUGGACAUCGAAACGAUAGAUGCUCUGGCAGAUGCCAUUAAUGAAUUUGAAGGGGGUGUAAUGUUGGUAAGUCACGACUUUAGGCUAAUUUCGCAAGUCGCUCAGGAAAUUUGGGUUUGCGCCAAACAAACCGUGACUAAAUGGGAUGGUAGUAUAUUUUCAUAUAAGGAAUCUAUCAUGAAGAGCAUUGAACGCGAGGAGAAGAAAGAAUUAAACUCUAGGAAAUAA